GCGAGUACUUGACACCAGCGUCUGAUCGUGUGUCUUCAUCUCCUUGACAACUGACAAUCAAGCUUCGCCCCCACAACCACUAUAUAUAUUCGCGAGACAGAUAGAAAGCAUCAUGCCUGUUGCCAGAUCAAUAGCGAAGCUGCUUACUUCACCGAGUAAAGUAGCCCAAGCUUUGGACUGGAAGAAAGCUUCUGGAAGCAUCCUCAGCCUGAAUGUGUGCAGGAAUGGUAUCGAUAUCGCCAUUGCCUCACAUCCUUCUUCCGACGAACCGAUAGAGCACAUGCCCACCAUUCCACUCAAGCUCGUCAUUCAAAACCACCAAAAGAUUCUCGCUCGAAGUGUCAUCGAUGAUAUCGUAGACAUUGUAAAUGAGAAUCAAGUUUGUGGAAUGGUUGUGAGUUGGCCUGUCCAGAAGGAAGGUUGGUGCGGUGCACCAUGCGGCCGGGUCUUGCACGCUCUUGAUCAAAUUACGGCGCAAUCUAAUAUUCUUAACGGCAGUCGUCCUAUCUGUCUGUGGGAUACUGAACACAAUCUCCCUCAAGAAGACGAAUGGGGUCGAGACCCAGUGUACGCGAUUCCGUCAGAGAAGACAGAACAUCGGGCGUCAAUCGAGCAAUACCAGGAUCAUUCUUGUCAAGCCACUGAUAUCUGGAAUGAUUUCAGCCUCACUCACUGGCCCGAAUACUACCUUAACCAGCAGAAACGUGAGCUCGAACGAGCGCAGCGGUCUCUCGUUACCGCUUAUAGCCAGGCAGCGCUUUCAUAAAGCAAAAGAAGGAGCGGAAAAACUACACAUAGACUAUAGAAGCUAGAGAAGACCGAAUAGAGAUUCUUUCGAAUCAACAGUCAGUGAAUCUUGGAAUCAUUGAUGGCUUAGACUACACAUGCUUAACUUUAAAAUUAGAAAUACAUUCACUGUC